GGGUCGGCCCUGCAGGGGGGGGGGGUCGAGGCGUCCGACGGGUCGUCGUCCGCCCCGGGCGGCGCGCCAUGCCAAGUCGCGACAAGGGCGACCGCGACGGGGACCGGGGCCGCAGAGACAGAAGGCGCAGGAGCGACGGUAGCGAGAGCCGCAGCCGCGACGGCAGCGCCCGCCGCGGCGGCCGAGGCGGCCGUGGUCGCGGAGAUGACCGGGCCGAUGACCGCGACCAGCGGGACAGAGGCAGAGGGGACCGCGACCGCGACCGCCGCGGCGGAGGCCGGGACGCCGGCAGGAAGCGCGACAAGAGCGCGUCGCCCCAGAAGGAGCGCGGGGGCAAGCGGCGCGGAAGGAGCGCCAGCGGCAGGAGCGCGUCGCGCGAGAAGGAGCGGGGGGGCAAGAAGCGCGGCAAGAGCGCCAGCGGCAGGAGCGCGUCGCGCGAGAAGGAGCGGGGGGGCAAGAAGCGCGGCAAGAGCGCCAGCGACAAGAGCGCGUCGCCCGAGAAGGAGCGGGGGGGCAAGAAGCGCGGCAAGAGCGCCAGCGACAAGAGCGCGUCGCCCGAGAAGGAGCGGGGGGGCAAGAAGCGCGGCAAGAGCGCCAGCGACAAACGGGCGCACGUCCUGAGCCUGCGCAUAUCUUUGCGUGCCUGCCCCGCUCCCUCGCCUCUGCGCUUCGGGGGGCGGGCGGCCCAGCGCCGCCUGCUCUUCUCAGGAGGGGAGAAAACACACAGACACAAUGAAUCGGAGAGCGACAGCGGAAGCGAUGACGACGAGGACCGCGGGGAGGAGGAGCCGCAGAAGCCGUCUCCCGCGAAGGCGCAGCCCAAGAGGGCGGAGAAGAAGGAGCAGCCGCCGCCGGCGUCGACGCCGCCGAAAGGCGCCGCGGCUGCUGCAAAACCCGUGGCUGAGAAGAAGCUCGCCGGCGCCGGCAUCCCGCUGCUCGUCAGCAAGUGCGAGAACGACACCAUCAGCGAGAUCAUAAUGGGCAGGUACGUGCCCUCGACCCAGAACCACGGGAAGGUGGUCUACAAGAAGGACGAGAAGUCCAAGGGCCUCGACGUCCUCAUCUACUACUGGGACGAGCGGGACGGACCGGAGCUCUGUGGCUGGUGGUUCGGGCCCAGCGUGGGCGGCGACCAGGUUUGGGCAUACCAUCCCAGCCGCACCGCCGCCACGCCCCCGGCCUCGGAGUGGAACGUGCCGCACGACGGGGACAUCGACCACACCUUCACCGUCACGGCGCAGAAGCCCGGCGCCUCGGCCAAGGCCCA